CCAAGCGCCGCCUUAGCAGCAGCCUGCGUGUGCUGAAGUUCUCUCUGCAAUUUACUCAUGGAUAUAUUCCUAAGAGAUUCAUCAGCUCCAACUCCGUCGCAUGCCGCAUUCUCCGAGUUCAGAAACUAAAGACACAAUUUGCACGUUUUUAUGUUGUUAUCACACUCCCAGCAAGAGAGCAUAUUGAUUCAUUUAUUCAGUCAUAUUUCAAAUUCGGGAUGGUGAUUGGCAAGCCUACAUUUGUUCCAGUGCAGGACUUAGAGAUGGGGUUUGAAAAGAUGGUAAAAAUAGCUCAUUCUUCUGGAGUAUACAAGCAGGAGAAAAUUGGAGAAAAAUUGAAAGCUGAGAGGAAACAACUAGUACAAGGAAUGAAUUUUUACCUUAAGGUGGUUACAUCCAUCCCAGGCAUCGACAAUCACGAUGCAAAUGCGCUUAGUCAAGCUAUUGGUUCAGUCCAAGCAAUAGCCAAGGCAUCAAAAGAGCAAAUUCUAGAGAACACAGAUCUUUCUACGGACAAGGCAGAGAUGGUUUCAAGGUUUCUCAGGGACCCAAAGUUUUACUUGCGUCCAAAGUUCAACUGAUGGCAGAAUAACAACAGAAUCCAGGUUGGAGUUCUUUGCCCAAAUGAAACAAGCAGCUCUUUGCACUGUUUUAUCUUGUUAACUUCCUUUACGGGAUCUCGGUUAAUUCCAUUAUCUUGUUAACUUCUGUAUAAACUAGUUCUCGCAAUUCCAUUUUUAUCGACUGACAAUCAUCAUGAAAAAUAAAACACAAUAUUGUUUUCUCUUCACUGAUGACUAUAGCAGUUUUUGGCUCUUAGAUCUUGGUUUGAAGUAUAAAUGGUUACUGAUCAGACGGAAGCUUAACCGAAGCACUCAUAACGUUUGUCUGUUUAUUAGUUAUAAACAGUACUUAAAAUGAUAUUUCACUCAUAAAACAACUAAUCAACGGCAUCAUCGUUAACGUCAUGGGAUAAGGAAGCCAACAAAAGAACAUACGCAUCCCAAGGUGUUCCUUUAAACCCCUGUUGGUGAGGUAAUCCAUACAUCCGUUCCCUUCCGCUGGGGUGUGCAGAAGAACUGCGGUCCAGUCCUUCUGCAUCCAUUUA